AUGUCCAAUUACGCCGCCGAGGAGCCACCAGCGAACGAGGAAACGUUUCAGUCGUUGCCAGAUGAUUUGGCUGUGAGCUGCCUGGCUCUCGUCUCGAGAUCUGACCACGCUGCUCUGUUUCUCGUCUCCAAGAGGAUUGGCACUCUGGUGGCAUCGCCUGAGCUAUACAAGGCUCGAUCUCUCUUAGGUCGUACCGAGGAGUUCCUCUACGUGUGCUUAAGCACCAAGCCUAAAUCAACCCCAAGCUGGUUUAUACUCCGCCGUGAAAAGAUCCAAACAGCCACUACCACCCGGCUCAUCCCUAUACCUUCUUUCCCCUCUCAGCCCCAAACUUUCUCCUCUUUCGUGGCGUUGGAUUGGGGGAUUUAUGUAAUCGGCGGGUUCAAAAACACCGAUGUUCGCACGCCCGAUGUGUUGCUCCUGGACUGUCGUAAUAACACGUGGCGUGAACUCCCUCCCAUGGCUGUUGGUCGUGCUGCAGCGGCCGCUGGAGUCGUGGGCGGUAAGAUAUACGUGUUCGGAGGCUGCGAGGAGGUUGAUUCCUCCAACUGGGCAGAGGUGUUCGACCCGAAGACGAACACUUGGGAGACGUUAGCGCCCAUGCAGGAUCGGAACGAAGGUGAUAACGUUAUCCGCGACACGCUGGUGAUGGAUGAGAAGCUUCACGCCGUGGAGUUCUGGAGCGGAGGAUGCUCGCUCCAGUACUCGCCGCGCGAAGGUGAAUGGGAGAGAAAGAAGAGGAGCGAGAUCAAAAGCUAUUAUUGCGUGGUAGAGAAUUUGUUGUACGGUUGCGAUGAGGUUGGGAAUGUGUUUUGGCGCGAGUCGGAGGAAUUGGAGUGGAAGAAAGUGAAGGGUCUGGAGGCUCUACAGAGGGUUUUCUCUGGGUCCUCUCGGUUCAGGAAGCGUCUCAGUGUCAGGGGGCUGAGCAGUUUUGGUGCGAACAUCGUUGUCUUUUGGGUUAGCCGCAGAGGAGAUGUUUGGUGUGCGGAAAUUUCGUUGAAGAGACGCGAGGAAGAAGGUGAGAUAUGGGGAGCGAUUGAGUGGUCGGAUGCGAUCAUCGCGUUUAAUCAUAACAUAUUCACUCUUGUUCCUGUCGAGGUGUUGUAUUCGGCUACUAUCAACCUCUAAAAGAAAUGUGGUGUUUGCUUCGUGUUGCAUCAAUCGCAUUCUAAUAGUUUGUAAUAUUUAUAAUAAUAAUGUAUGAAUGAUUAAUGAAUAAAAAUCACACUGCCAUCA